UCCAAUCUGAUCGGCGCUACGGAUUACUUGGGUCUCCGCUCCUAGCGAAAAUCGAAUAGGUACAAUACGGACAGGUUCCACACGCUCUUUACGAACACUCUUUACAGAUAUAUCGAUAUAUCACCUUCUUCAACCGCCGGCCGGCUUAUUACUGUUCAACAGAUACAUACUUUAGUCCAUAGUCCAAUAUCAUAAUCGAAAGUAAAGGCCGUCUCGCUAAGAUGGUUUGGCUAAGUGUUGCCGUAGCUUCGCUAUUUGCCUCGUCGGCAUUAGCUAGCAUGGAGCCUAUGGUGGGAGGAAUCAUGAACACGCGUGCGACCAUGUUGGAUACAAGAUUCGACGAUGCCAAUGCCGAUGCCGAUACCGAUUCGUUAGAAAGGCGACAGACGACGUCGACAACGAAUGAUUCGCAAGCGAACAUGACUCAGUGGAACACGGACACUUUAGCAGCCUGCAUGACAGCAUUGUCUCAGCUCGCAGCUGCGUCGAACCCCUCGGGAACAGCCGUUUGCUAUAAUCUAUUCAGCCUCGACACGAACGCCGGCACAUUCAUGGCUGACUUGCGCCUCUUCCAAGUAUCAACACCUUUCGGAGAAUUCGAAGGUAUCCCUCCGUCGGACAUCUCCGUCGGACUUCAGUACAACGGGGCCUCUGUCUCGCCAGUUGGUCAGGGUGCGCAACCCGCGAAUGUCUCCAAGCGACAGAGCUCGACGCCUACGAUACUCCAGACGUACAUGUUUAUUGGGCAGAUAGAUAAGGCCAAAAUGGCUCAACCUAUGACGAUGGGUGUGCUAGAGGCGUUGGUGAUGCCAACCGUCACAUUGACAGGAAAAAACUUAGAGGGCCAGCAAGUUAGCACGAAUGUCUCUUCUAAUGAAGCUGCCUUCGUCAAUGGCAUAUUUUCGACGGAUGUUGUCAUGUCUGAUUUUGCACUCGCCUCGUUAGCGGUCGAGAACAUCACGGCCCAAAUGCUCGAAGGCACAGUGGCCUUCGUCUUGCCUGGUGUUAACAUCCUAAUCUUCCCGGUAGGUCUAAUUAUCACCAGCAUCUGGUUGGUGGUUGGAUUUGGAUUUUACGCGUUUGGUACGUACGAGCGAUACAAUUACCGGGAUACGUAUAGGAGGCGAAAGGCAAGAGCUGAAGGCAAACCCGCCAAUGCGAGAAUAUAAAUCGACCGCAUUAGUAGGAUGCAAAUUCAUGUGUAGGUGUACAGUGGAUGCCGUCGAAGCGGGUAGAUUAAUGUUUAA